ACUUGGAUUGCUCUUGCUGUAAGAUGCCAUCAAUCAAGGGAUUCAGCAGCCUUGCGCCCAAGACCAAGAACCUGAUUGUCGCAGGUGGGUUGUCUGGCUUCGUCUUGGGGGUGUACUACUACACCAUGAGAGCAGUUGGAAACACAGAUGAGCUGCAGGUUGCAAUCGACAAGUUUGAAGAAAUGAAGAACAAGGAUGAGGCUGAAACGGCUGCCUCACCACCUGGGUCUUGAGACUGCGACAACUUCCCUUCCAGUCAGAAAAAACUUUUCUUAUCUUACGUUGUUGGUGUUGCAAAAGCCUGCUGGAAAGGUGGUGGUCCAGUGACAGUUUCUAUUGCUGCUGGAAUGUUCUUAGAGAAGGAACAGGAUGCGUAGCACUUAAUAAUGCAGAGCUGUGUUCUAAAUAGUGUGCAAGAGUCGCUAUAACUGAUGGCUUAAGUUUUGGAGUUGUGAUACAUGUGUUGUUUUCCUUAAAAAAUAAUAUCUGUUGGUCAUUAUCAGAAAUAAACUGUUUUUGCCCCCUUGCUGGGCGUCUCUGUGAGAA